AGUCGUCGAGGUUGCAGGUUACAGUUACACUCUAGAGAGAGAGAGAAAUAAUUGAACAGCCUGGAAGAUCCUGCUUGAUCAAGCUAUCUGGAGAGAGAAAGGGCCAUUUUGAAUGGAUCAAUGAGAAGUCAAAUUGUUGAUGAGUUCGUUUUGGCUGUCAUCUGAAAUCAACGAUGAGAGGCGUCUUCUCGGCGCCUGGUGAUUUCAUCUACUUUAAGUCUCAGGUCCCGCUUCACAAGAUCCCAAUCGGCACAAAGCAGUGGCGUUAUUAUGACUUUGGUCCAAAACUUGUGCCUCCGCUUAUCUGUCUUCCUAGCAUUGCCGGAACUGCUGAGGUUUACUACAAGCAGAUCAUGUCAUUGUCUACAAAGGGAUACCGAAUCAUAUCGGUUGAUAUUCCACGUGUCUGGGACCAUCAUGAGUGGAUUCAAGCAUUUGAGAAGUUUCUUGAUGCCAUUGAUGUCCAUCAUGUACAUCUUUAUGGUACAUCACUUGGAGGAUUCCUAGCACAACUCUUUGCACAGCAUCGUCCUCGUCGAGUUAGGUCAUUGAUCCUCUCAAAUUCAUUCUUGGAGACACAAAGUUUCUCAACUGCAAUGCCUUGGGCUCCAAUUGUUGGAUGGAGCCCUUCCUUUUUGCUGAAGAGAUAUGUCCUUACAGGAAUCCGAGAUGGGCCUCAUGAACCAUUCAUUGCUGAUUCUGUGGAUUUUGUUGUUGCCCAGGUAGAAACUUUAUCGAAGGAUGAUUUGGCAGCCAGAUUGACCUUAACCACUAAUUCAGCUUCGGUUGGAUCACUGCUGCUUACAGAUUCUAACAUCACAAUCAUUGACACGAAUGACUACUGCGCAAUUCCUCAAAAACUGAAAGACGAGGUGAUUGAAAGAUACCCGGGAGCAAGAAGAGCAGAGUUGAAGAGUGGAGGUGACUUCCCAUUUCUUUCGCGACCAGACGAAGUGAAUCUCCAUCUUCAGCUGCACCUGAGACGUGUGGGUGUGGAAGCUCGGCCAGAUUUGGUACAUGGCAAAUCAAAAGAUGGUAGGGAUGGAAAUUCUAGCAAACAAAACCGGGAUGAAAGAGAUGAAGACGAGUCUUCUUCCAAAGAGAAUAACGCAGACAGCUCUGGAGGAGUCCCUCCAAAGAGCAACCACCCUUCAUCUUCAUCAUCAUCGUCAUCACCAGCUCUGCCUCCAGAUGAUGCUGGUGUUGAUUCAGCAGAAAAUAGAGAUGAACAGCUCACGAUGAACAACAGUAGUAGAUUCCAACUGGUAAAUACUUUGCCUCAAGUUUGUGUUGGAGUUGUCUACUACUACUACUUAUACUAUUAUCUAUCUAUUUUCAUCCUAUACAGAAGCCUCGUCAAUUAUCAACUUCUGUUGGACAUAUAAUCAAUUUGUGUAGAUUUUUAUCCCCUUGAUUUUCGUAAACAUUAAUUUCCAUUAGCUUAUUAGCUGCUACAUGAUGUUGUACAAGUAUAUUUUUGCCUUUGAGUGUAAUCUUUCUC